GGGGCGGAGGGGCUAGCGCGUGCGCACUAGAAAGCUGUUUUGGCGGGCGUUGCGCAGAAGCGGUGGCCGUGAGGGGGUACAAACCAGGGAGGGGGAAGUUGGUUUCGUACCGAGCUGUUACUUUCCCCAGGAAUUGGGUAGCCUUGGUGCAUUAGGUACAACUUCUGCGCUAUGGGAAAAAGAAACAAGAGGACAGCAGAUAGUUCGUCCUCUGAAGAAGAGGAGGAAUAUGUUGUGGAGAAGGUUCUAGACAGGCGUGUUGUGAAGGGUCAAGUGGAGUAUCUUCUCAAGUGGAAAGGAUUCUCUGAGGAGCAUAAUACCUGGGAACCUGAAAAGAACCUUGAUUGCCCUGAACUGAUUGCUGAGUUUAUGAAAAAAUACAAAAAAAUGAAGGAAGGUGAAAACAAGCCUCGGGAGAAAUCAGAGGGCACCAAGCGAAAGUCUAGCCUUGCCAACAACACUGAAGAGAUCAAAGCCAAAAAGAAGAGAGAGAGCACCGAUAUUGCCAGGGGCUUUGAAAGAGGAUUGGAGCCAGAAAAAAUCAUCGGAGCCACAGACUCCUGCGGAGAUUUAAUGUUCCUAAUGAAAUGGAAAGACACAGAUGAGGCUGAUCUGGUUCUAGCAAAAGAAGCCAAUGUGAAGUGCCCUCAAAUUGUGAUAGCAUUUUAUGAAGAGAGACUGACCUGGCAUGCAUACCCAGAAGAUGCUGAAAACAAAGAACGGGAAGCAGUGAAAAGCUAAAGUGGCUGGGGGUUCUCUGUCCAUCCAUAAUUGUACAUAUCCGCCCUCCCUUUCCCUCUGCCCAAAUGCAUCCAUGGAAAUGUGCUUAUUACUGUGCUCGACAGGAGAAAUGUUGAUAUUGGUUGGUUUAGUCAUAACAUAAAUGGUGUGAGUCACGUUUGGAUUCCCUCCAGGAGAUUGACAUGCAGUGUGGUGUUCUAUCACCUCAUCAUUACCGUAAUAACAAUAAUGGUUCUUGUUUUUAAAGCUCCCUCAGAGCCUCCAGGCCUUAACUUCCUGCCUGGCUGUUUAUUUCUGCAUCAUCAUGUUCUAUGUAGAGAAUUGUUAAGCAUCGUUGUUUCUGAUUGAAAAAUGGCAAGAGCUCCCUGAAUUCAGGACAGACUCAACUGAUCUAGCACAAGCUUUGGAGUCUUAGACCACCCAAAUAACAAGCAAGCUAGAUAUUGGGGAAGGGAGGGAGAGGGCUUUUUCUAGUUUCUUUCAAAAUUGCUAAUGUGUUGCUUGAAUUGCAUUCAAAGAUGCUAGAUAGCCAUUUUCACCCAUAUUUUCUAAUUUCAGGUCAGACCAGGUACCUUUUGGAGAACAAAUAGAAAUUAGUUGGCAAGGAUAGCAUCCCUCUUUUGAACCUGUCCUUUCUCGUCUUAUUCCUUUCAUUCCUUAUCUCCCGUAUUACUGGUGCUAUUUGCAUGACAUGUUUAGUUAGAUUAUAAGGGUAUCUAAUUAAUCAUGUACACUCCAAAAAAUUGAGUUAAUUGACCUAUAACCUAUCCUGGCAAUGUCUUCCCCCCCUCCCUCCCUUGUGCAGACUACUUACUAGAGAAUUAACAGCCUCUUUUUAACAACUGUGAUCAAAAUGUGCUCCUAGAGAAGCCCUAUAAAAAUACUCUUCCUGUGGGCAUUCCAUUUCUAUAGUCCUUUUGAUUUUUCAUUCACUGCACUCCAGGUGUCUAUCUGAAACGUGAGCGUACUGUUGGGAUGUGUAAUUCCAUGAAUCUGCACUGACACCAACUUUAAUUGCAUUGUAGCAACUCUAUUUUAAAUGUACUUCCUCGGGGAGUGGAGGGUACAGCACGAAGUAAGAAAGUGAUGCUUCCAGUGAGGACUAAAUAUAGUGUCACUGAAUGACCGUCUCUGUCAUUCGGGGUCAUGUGCCCUGAGUGCGCCUUUGUAAAUCAAUUGGCUUAAAGAGAACUGGGUCAUUCAUGUUGCACAAAUGGGGCCUUUGUGUUAUGUAGGUGAGUAGAUCAGCCAAACAUAGUGUCAUACUUGGAAUCUUUUUUCU